AGUACUUUGCUCUCUCUAAACUUCACAGGAACGCUUAGUGUAACGGGAGUAGGGCUUGGAUUCUCCGAGGACACACUCGACUUUGGCAGCCGCUGGAUCCAACGUUUAGAGGCGGAAUUUGGUGUCAAGGUCAGGAGUGGCCAUGCCAUUUGGCUGUUUAACAAUCGGGGAAAAGAAGGAUUAUAACAAUCCUUCAGACGUGACAGAUAAAUAUGACAUGGGUCAGAUUGUUAAAUCGGAGGAGUUCUGCGAGAUAUUCAGGGCCAAGGACAAAACUACCAUGAAAAUGUACACAUGUAAAAAGUUCCUAAAGAAGGAUGGAAGGAAAGUCCGCAAGGCUGCGAAAAAUGAGAUCCUCAUCUUAAAGAUGGUGAAGCAUCCCAAUAUUCUCCAGCUGGUGGACGUCUUCGAAACCAAAAAAGAGUACUUCCUCUUCCUUGAGCUUGCAACAGGUAGAGAGGUGUUUGACUGGAUCCUGGAUCAAGGCUACUACUCAGAGCGGGACACCAGUAAUGUGGUGCGCCAGGUGUUGGAGGCUGUCGCCUACCUCCACUCCCUGCGUAUCGUUCACAGAAACCUCAAGUUGGAGAACUUGGUUUACUAUAACCGCCUGAAGCACUCUAAGAUAGUCAUCAGCGACUUCCAUCUUGCCAAGCUGGAGAAUGGACUAAUCAAAGACCCUUGUGGGACACCAGAGUACCUGGCUCCUGAGGUGGUUGGCAGACAGCGAUAUGGCAGGCCUGUCGACUGCUGGGCUACAGGUGUCAUCAUGUACAUACUGCUGUCAGGCAACCCUCCUUUCUACGAUGAAACCGAUGAUGAUGAUUAUGAAAACCAUGACAAGAACCUGUUCCGAAAGAUCCUGGCAGGCGAUUAUGAGUUUGACUCUCCGUACUGGGAUGAUAUCUCUGAUUCAGCUAAGAGUCUGGUUGCUCGUCUGAUGGAGGUGGAUCAAGACCAGAGACUGACAGCCCAGGAGGCUAUAAACCAUGAAUGGAUCUCUGGUGGUGCAGCUUCAGAUAAGAACAUCAAGGAAAAUGUGUGUGCACAAAUAGAGAAGAACUUUGCCAGAGCUAAAUGGAAGAAAGCAGUGCGGGUCACCACCAUCAUGAAGAGAUUGAGAGCACCUGAGCACAGUGACUCGAGGGCAACCAGCCCUGCAGCCGGCGCCCCAGCAGACCCUGCAGCACCCCAGGCUGCCGCUGACCCCUCCGCACCUUCGUCUGCCACCACACCCGAGGGAGCCCCCGCUACAGCCACAGAGCUCCCUGGCGGAGCAGAGAUAAGCCAACCAGCGCCAGAAGCCUCAGACGGGGUGUCAGCCUCAGCCGCCGAGCCACAGCAGCAGAGCCCGGCACCACAGGAGGCCGAGCCCACAUCGCGUUGUAAUGGAGAAGCCUCCACUGCUCACCACCCAUCCGCCGAGGCCGGGGACGAGCAGGGUUAG